AUGUCCGGCAUCAAGACAUACCAGCGCUUUCCGCGGGACCUGUUCCGCAUAAACAGCGGUUGGCGCAUCAACCUACGACCACUGCUGCCACCACCCGCAUCGCCAUCAUCGCCAUCAUCGUCUUCGUCAUACGACAUCACCCCCGAGGCUGGACCCAACGGCGCAACACUCCGUCCCAACACACCGUAUACGCAGCACUACGUCAAUAGGGGAUUCCGCGGUCCCGAGCCCGUAGUCUACGCCGUGGGGGAGGGCACCGUCGUCCCGGACCAUCUCAUCCUCGUGCAUGAGGGUGUCGAUCGGGAAGAAUUAGAACUCAACAAUAGCAUCACGGAAUUCCUAAUAGGCAAUGCAGCCCUCAUAAGCAGAGAGCAGUGGUCUCGUGCCUACCCGCGCGCCACGGAGCCCAAGGGUCCCAACUUUCCCCUUGCGAGAGGAUGGCGCGUCGGAGGGUCUAGACCGUUAUCAACUAUGAGGUCAUGA